GACAUCGGUAUAGAACAGCUAUCUUGCAAACCGAAGGACUUCAGUCUAGAACAGCUAUCUCUCAAACCAAAGGACUUCAGUCAAGAACAGCUAUCUCUCAAACCAAAGGACUUCAGUCAAGAACAGCUAUCUCUCAAACCAAAGGACCUCGGUGAUGAAGAGCUGUCCCGCGAACCAAAGGACCUCAGCCACGAAAAGUUAUUCAGCAAACCAAAGGACAUCAGUCAAGAACAGCUAUCUCGCAAACCAAGGGACAUCAGUCAAGAACAGCUAUCUCGCAAACCAAAGGACAUCAGUCAAGAACAGCUAUCUCGCAAACCAAAGGACUUCAGUCAAGAACAGCAAUCUCGCAAACCAAAGGACCUUGGUGAUGAAGAGCUGCCACGCGAACUAAAGGACCUCAGCCACGAAAAGUUAUUUAGCAAACCAAAGGAACUCGGUGACGAAGAGCUGUCCCGCAAACUAAAGGACCUGAGUCACGAAAAGUUAUUCAGCAAACCAAAGGACCUCAGUCAAGAACAACUAUCUCGCAAACCAAAAGACCUCAGUCACGAAAAGCUGUCCCGCAAACCAAAGGUCCUCAGUCACGAAAAGCUAUUCAGUAAACCAAAGGAACUCGGUGACGAACAGCAGUCUCGCAAAGCAAAGGAACUCGGUGACGAAGAGCUGUCUCGUAAACCAAAGGACCUGGGUGAUACAAAGCGUUCUCAAAAUCCAAAGGAUCUCAACAAUGAAAAAGUCGAGAUGCUACCUACUGUAUCUAUUGAUGGACAUGAAGGGAGUAGACCAGAGGCAUUGCGAGCUAAUACACUCCCAGCUAGUAACAAGAUGGAAAAACGCAAGCCACAAGUGUUGCCCAGAAAACUAAAAAUGAAAACUAAAAAUGGUCUUAAAAGCAACGAUGACAGUGGAAAACGUGCACAUAACAACGGAAGCACAGGAAUAACGCUCCAGAAUGUGACAAAAACAGAUGCGCGACCGCAAGGAACGCGAUAUGUUACAAAGCAGGGUCGUGAAGACCAUGCCAAACAAUGUGCAAAGGAAGAUCCAAAAUUUGAGCCAAACGUAAUGUUAAUACAAGGCCUAAACAAAUCCACGAGUUAUGAGACUAUUAUGAACUUUGUGGAGUCCAAAACAAAAGAACAGGUACUGGAAAUCGUUAAGUUGGAAGACGAAACAACUGCUUUAAUAAAACUUGAAAAGUUAAGAGAUUUCGAAAAUGUUAAAGAAAAGAUGGAAAGUCGCAGUCUUGAGGGAGGAAAGGUUACCGUACAUCGAGUACCUGUCUGUUCCAGUAUUCUGGUUCACAAUUUAGCGUCUAACACUACACGCGAUGCUCUGAAAUAUUUCUUCUCUAAUCCACGAAUCGGUGGAGAGGUAACCAGUAUUCAAUAUGAGGAAGGGAACGAAGAAGCUAUUGUUACGUUUAAAGAUCCUAAUGUGAUGCAGAGCAUUUUGAUGUCAAGGUCACAGAAAUUGAACGAUGCAGAACUAAUCGUGGAAAGGUUCAACCCAUCCAUUCAAGAAGCCACAAGGAGGCAGCAUUCUCAUCCUGAAGUUGCAGUAGCUGUUGACAAAGAUGUAAUGGAGUUCAUAUCAGCAACACAUUCUCUCGGAGAGCUCAAGGAAUUGUUGAAAGUACAUGGUUUCACCAUGACGUACGCUUCUGGAGAUUCAAUUGUCUAUUUUGCACCAACAAAAUGUGCCUUGGGCAUUUCGGUCUAUAAAAUUAGAGGAAUAAAAAUUGUGACUGAUUAUAUUAAGAAGUUCAAGGCUAUCGAGCUGGAUGUUGACAAGAAUCAUUGGGAUGCUAUAAUCGUCGAAAUUUCUAAAUUGCACAAAGAGAUCGGAAAGGAAAAGCUUUUGGUCAAAGAAUGUGAAUCCUCGAAGGAAAAAGUCACCAUCAUCUGCCGAGAGCCUGACGCAAAAGAACUGAAAAAGAAGUUUCUGGAUAAAAUUGUCGAAACACAAAGUCUUGAAGCCAAGAAAGCAAAUAAAACAAUGACGAUGGAUAUUGAAAAGGAAAAGCUAAGCCUCUUAAUUAUGACUGGCUAUCAGGAAAAAAUACAUCAUGAGUAUGUCGACCUAGAGUUUAACAUAGAUAAAGCAAAUGGUAAAGUUAUGAUCACAGGGCCAAAACAACAGUGCUAUGAGGCGAAAUUAAAGAUCUGCCAAGAAUUAUCAAACUUUUGCGAAAAGAAAAUUUCAAUUUCAAAGUCUUUCUUGGAGAUAAUGAAUUUCGAAGAAGCAAUUAGAAAAAGAAUAGAAAAGGAGUUUCUGAGACAGCAAAUUUAUGCCGUAUUCCACAUCUGUGAGGGUAAUGCCUUUCUUAUUGGGAUCAACAAGAAAUAUGCUGAUAAAGCAGCUGUUCUCGGGAAGUCACUUAUCGCCGAGGAGAAAAUUAAAGCCAAUGAAGAAAAUAUACAUAUUUUUAAGGCUCAGAAGUGGAUUGAUUUGUGUAACGAAGCCAAGCAAGCAUUCAAAGUCUACUAUCGCAUAAACGAAAACUUUGAUACGUGGAUUGUGGGUAACAAGGAAGACGUUUUAAGCGCCCAAAAAACACUCAAAGCAUUCAUUGAUGAAAACUCGAGUGGAACUGAGAUAUAUUGCAGAUCAGAAAAAGGGGUCAGACGUUACAUAUUAAAAGUCCAAAAAGGCAAACUUGUGGAGAUGAAAAAUGAACAUUCAUUAACCAUCAAUGUAGUAGAAAAAGACUAUACGUUCGUAAUCCGUGGAGCAAAAGCGGGACGUGCUCAUGUACGAGAAGCUCUUCAGCGUUGGGCCGAUUCUGUUUCAAGAGACAAAAAGAAAGUUCAACAGCCUGGUCUUCACAAAUUGAACACUAAUGGAAACCUGGACGGAAUAAUCAGAAAAAUAGAGGACCAACACAACUGUGUAAUAGAGAAACAUGAAAAUGUACCUCAUACCGAAGGAAGGGAAGGAUUAAAAGGCAAUGACAAGAGCCUGGAUACAAUAUCAUCCAAUGAAAGCAGCGAUGCUACUUCACAGGCAGUGUAUUCUAAUGCUAGUGCAUCUGCUGGUUAUAAAAGUAAGAAAUGUGGAAAUGUAACCAUUUCAUGGAAACCAGGAAACAUUGUUACAGAGCAUGUUUGUAUACAAGUAGGUUCAACUAUGGGUAAGCUCUAUGACAUCUUUGUAAAAGCUGGUGGACCCGAGUUUUCAGAAGAACCAAUAAAACAAAGCAAGUCAAGUAAUAACGUGAUCAUAGACAUGCCUGGCAAUCUUCCCUGUAAUCAAGUCAUCCUUCUUUCAUGCUGCGAAUGGGAUCGUGUGAAUGGUGAAGCAGAAAGGAAAUUAAGGUCUAUUUUGAGAGAAUGCCUUCAGCAAGCAUCAAAGCUUAAUGCCGCAUCAAUAGCCUUUCCUAUCAUUGGCACAGGUGAGCUUGGCUUUCCCAAGAGCACGGCCUGCCAAAUAAUGAUUAGUGAAGUGAUCAAUGUCACUUGUCUAUGCGUACCAUCUUCUUUGAGCGACAUCCGCUUUGUAGUUUUUGACCAAGAUGCAGAACUGGUGAAGGCAUUCGAGCAAGAGUUUACACGGGCCUUCGAUCAGUUCCAUAGCCGUGAAACUAGUGGUGGAGGCAUUUUUUCUCCAUUAAAGAAUAUUUUACGAAAAUUUAAACUAUAUCGUAGUUCUGGUCAAGUUUCCGUUCAGGUAGUUCAGGGUGACCUCAUCAACGAAAAAACUGACGCCAUCGUGAACAUCAAUGCUGCUGACAUGAACAUGCACAAGGCAGGCGCAUUAAGCAAAGCUGUUGCAGCUGCAGCUGGACCCGCUGUGCAGACUGAAUGCACCAAAUUAGGUCAACAAACCGCAGGUUCUGCUGUGACAACUGGUUCUGGUAAACUUAAGGCCAAACACAUUAUACAUAUGAUUCCAGGUAAUGCUAGUGUGGAACAAAUUCAGAAAUGCAUCGAGAACUGUCUUCAAACUGCAGACAAUUCCAAUUUUCAGUCUAUUUCAAUACCAGCGUGUGGAACAGGGGUCCUUAAGAUGUCAGCUGCUGAUUCGGCACAAGCUACCUUUCAAGCUUUUGCUAACGUGUGUCCAAAAUUGAAACAUCUUAGGCAAAUACGAAUUGUGAUCUUCCAGUCGGAGUUGCUCUCCGCAUUCAAUAAAAAGCUGAGCGAGCGUGAAUACGAACAUCUAUUAGCGAUAAAAAGUGGGAAACCCGAAAAAGUUGACGAGGCCAAAACUGCGACUAUAGAGUUUAGUGUGUAUGGUGAGAGUAAGAAGGUUGUUCACGAAGCAAUGGCAGCAUUAACCAGGGAAUUGACGGAGGCAUGCAAGACAAUGAAAAUUGAUGACGAGAACAUAUCCAAGCUAUCGGAAGUUCAACGCAAAGUACUGACAGCGAAAGCCAAUGAUCUUGAAGUGGAAAUUAAGUUUGACGACAGCAUACCACGUAUUGAAUUCCGAGGCAAUCCAGAAGAUAUCAUGGAGAUCUACGAACUUUCCUGCAAAGAAAUUCGGGAUAUACAAAAGAGCCUAGACAUAAUUUCAUUACCCACCGAAUGGUGUCCGAUGCCAAAAGAAGAUGGGAAAGAGAAAAUAGUGUAUCUUGUCCCACUAGUGGAUAGCUCGGCCGAGUACCAAAAAGUGCUGAAGCUGUUUCAACAGACAGGGGGAACAGGACGUAUCAUGAAAAUAGAAAGAAUACAAAACCCUCACUUGUACCAGCAGUAUAUGGUCUUUAAACAUAACAUGGACAGAGAUAACGACGGAAUCAUAAAUGAACGGCAAUUAUUCCAUGGGACAGCAAAGGAAAAUCUAAAUGAUAUCAAUGCAAGAGGAUUUAACAGAAUUUUCCGUGGUAUUAAUGGAACUAGAUUUGGCGAGGGCGUGUACUUUGCAAAAAAAGCAUCGUAUUCUCACGUUUACGCAUCGCCUGACGCAAGCAAACACAGACAUUUGUACCUUGCUCGUGUACUCGUGGGAAGAUACACUAAAGGCAACUCGAACAUGAAAGUACCUCCUAAAAACCCCCAAACUAUUGGCCGUUUUGAUUCUACAGCUAAUACAAUUCGUCCUGAUGCAAUCAUAUUUGUAGUGUAUCAUGACUCUCAGUGCUACCCUGAAUACUUGAUUACGUACCAAUAGUUCAGUUGAUAACUUACAACAAUGUAGAUCUUGUAUGCAGUACUCCGUAGGACUGGUCCUGAUUGAAGCAUGUAUUCUGAGUAUUUGAUUACCGUUCCAAUAGUUCAGUUAAUAACCUACAAGUAUGUAGAUCCUGAAUGCAGUACUCCGUAGGACUGGUCCUGAUUGAUGCAUUAUAUUCUGAGAACUUGAUUACGUUCCAAUAAUUAAGCUAAUAACAUACAAGAAUGUAGAUCCUGCAUAACGCACCCCAUAGUACUUGUCCUAAUUGUAGCACUUCUAUAAUGCCCCAUUUUAACUUGCACCCUGAAAUACUAUGUCAAUGGCAAUUUCAAAUUUUCUCGCGGUAUACUUUAAAAAAUAGCACAAAAGCGAUGGAAAGUUAACAAAUUAUAUUGCCAUGGUAGCGAGAUUGCAUAGUUAAGAAUCUGAUGGCGUUAUAUAUAUUUCUCUUUUUACGGAGGCGGCUAAGCGGAAGGGGGAAGCCUGACCACGACAUUAUCAGACCCACCUGGAAACAUUUUCCUUCUCUAUAGUAAUCCGUGUACUAGCAAUUCUAGUUCAAAGUACCCGAAAUGUAUCACAUAGGUUAUUCAGUUUGAUGUUGUUUUUCUUUUUCCUUUUUUUUWUUUUUUUUUUUUUUUUUUUUUUUUUUUUGCUAUGUUAGUUGUCCACUAACGACUACUUACGUAACAAAUUCCCUUCCGUCACAAAAUGCUUUGUCUGUAGUUUAUACACAAAGGGUUUGGGAGGCGUGCAGUCCUAUGCUUGGCCCCCCCCAGCUUCGCCGCUCAUACUUUAUAAUUUUAGACUGCGAUAGGUAACGACGACGUUUCACUUCACAUGUUUAUAUAUAGUAGCUGACAUCAUAAAUAUAGUAUGAGUGAUAUCGCAGCAGUCGCGUUUUCCAACAUAUCAAAUUUUAUUGUAUACUUUUUGAAAUGUUUUGUAUGAGUAGUUCAACAGUAGAAUACCUGAUAAAGACUAGCUAUUGGUAGUAAUACAACAGUCAGACUACGUGACUGUGUUAAUACAGUAAGUAAAUAAUAUGGAAACGACUUAACCAUCGUGUAAAUAGUUUGCAUCUAUUAGAGAUUCCAAGGUUAAGGGAAACAACGGAAGGCGCUGGAAUUGCAUUGAAUUGUGGGGCUGUUUUAGCACAGAUAACCCAGGCUAUCUACUCUUAAUAAGGAAAUGUAUGCAGUAGUAAAUAGAGUUUGCUAAAAUGAUGUAGAUUUCGCUAAGAUUUUGGAAAUAAAAUUUCGAUAACCAGAA